AUGAAUACUGAUAAUGAUUCGCAAAUAAAAGAGAUUAGUUCCCCAGAUGGAGCGCGGAGAGGCCAACCAGGACGUGACUCACGUGCAACGUUCACGCAAACGCACGCGAUGUGCAAGCAGUACUAUCGAUUUGCGUUGAACGAACGAACAACAAACGCUGCGCGUCUUUUUAUCAACGAAGUAAACUCAUCUGAUGUAUCGAUUUUGCAAAUUGCUAAUUUGCAGUUCGGUCGACUCGUUGGCAUAUCUGAUAUACGAUUUUCGUUGUAA